CGGCUCGGGAUCGGUGACGUCAGCGCAUCCGCCACAGGCGGGAUUUCCGCGGUAGUUGGUCGCUUAAUAACAUGGCGAAGACUUACGAUUACCUGUUUAAACUACUUCUAAUCGGCGACUCGGGCGUCGGGAAGACCUGCGUGCUUUUCAGAUUUGCUGAUGACGCCUUUAACUCAACGUUUAUUUCCACUAUAGGCAUAGACUUCAAAAUCAGAACAAUAGAUUUAAACGGCAAGAAGAUCAAACUACAGAUAUGGGACACGGCGGGACAGGAGCGCUUCAGGACCAUCACAACAGCCUACUACAGAGGAGCCAUGGGCAUCAUGUUGGUGUACGACAUAACAAACGAGAAGUCCUUCGAGAAUAUCAAAAACUGGAUACGGAAUAUAGAAGAGCACGCCUCAGCGGACGUGGAGAGAAUGGUCCUCGGUAACAAAUGUGACGUCAAUGACAGGAGACAGGUGUCCAAAGAAAGAGGAGAGCAGCUGGCGCUGGAGUACGGCAUCAAAUUCAUGGAGACGAGCGCAAAGGCCAACAUCAACGUGGAGAACGCGUUCUUAACCCUCGCCAGAGACAUCAAAGCAAAGAUGGACAAGAAACUGGAGGGAAACAACCCGCAGGGCAGCAACCAGGGGGUGAAGAUAACAGAACAGCCCAAGAAGAGCAGUUUCUUUCGCUGCGUCCUCCUGUAAGCGGACCGGAGCGCCAGCAUCCACCGCCGCCUUAACUCCGCCCCCCGCUGGACAGAACUGGACAGAGCACGCUCUGAUUGCUCUCUGACUUCUCGUCUUCCUCCCGCCGAUCUUAUUUAGGAAAAAAGCAGUGUUUUCCCUCUCGUCCUUCAGCACCUGUGGAUUUUUACCCGCUGUGGGUUCGGUUUCGGACCCGCGGCCUCGACUUGAAUCUUGAUGUUUUUAUUCUGGUGGCGAGCGGAGAGCGAUCAAACGUUUUCUACCUGCACCCUCAGGCCUUUGUUUGUCUUGUCUUUUCCUACUCGGUGAGGCUUUAUUUCUAUUUUCAUCAACAAUCUUCCACCUGGUUUGCACUGACGGUUUGUUUUUCGCGUGGCGUGAAACCAUCGUAUGAACAGUGGUUCCCGUCUUUCCACGGUUUACAUGUUCCCUCUCUCUCCUGGUGCUGAAGCGGUUUGUCUCUUCCUUUCUCUGCAAGUAUUCAUGCUUUUGCAGAACCGCGUGGGACUGAAAAGCUUCAAAGAUUUGACAUAAAAAUCAGGAUGAAGGAGAAGAGCGAUUCGGGACGCAGCAGUUCUCCAGAACCGGGGGGACGGGUCCGCUAUAAAGGAAUCAGCGAUGAAGAUGAGGUUCUCAACCGUUUAGGACGGAGCUGUGCUUAAAGUGCCCUUUGUGUUCUCGUUGUUGAUGCACUUUUUCUUCUUUCGUUUACUUUUGAUUUAUUGACGGUUUGUUUCAAAGAUUACUGAUGGACCUGCAGGAAACAUCGGAACGCUGAGACUUCUGGUGAACAUCCCAAAAUCCUUCCACAACAUUCCCCGUCACAGAUUGACUCCCAGUCGCCUCCUUCCAGAUUUUUUCCAUGGUUUUGAUGCACUGCAGCAGCUGAUUGUCUCCAACUAUGCAUUCUGGGUAAAAAGGCUUUUGCACAUGUGACCAAACGAGCGACUUGAGCUCAGCUCAGAGGGAAAGGAGGAGAAGAAAUGGGGUUCAAACAACUCGCGUUGGUUUCUUUGGGAGCCAAUCAUCUCUCAGGUUGAAGAGGAGAGAGUCUUAAAUGACAUUUUCUAAAUCUGGUGAAAUAUUUUUGUCCCUUGGACUCAGAUUUCCGCAGAGAAACAUCCCAGCAAACUUCUUUCUGCUUAACUCGCAGCUUUGGUGUCUAUUCAGCCAAACCGUUUGAUUUGUAUUCAGGCAGUGGACUUCAGAUGGAAGAAAUGCUUCAAUUGUAAAUAAGAUCUACAAAUAUUGUACUGUAACCUCUGAAAUCUAUACAUCUACACUUUUUGUAGAUAUGUAUGAGUGAUGAUUUAUUAAAGAUUCUUACUGAUU